CCAGACUAGUUUUACUUUUGGGUAUUUUAAGCCUUGCGGAAGCGUUCACCAGCAUUAAUAUUCGGCUCGGACCUCGUGAAGGGAAAGGUGGUGGGCCAUGGGAAGGGCAGCGGGCCAGAAUUAUAACGUGGCGGUGCGCCACUUUAAAAGCGCCCGUGGAGAACACUGCAUUUAUUCCUAGCCUGUGGUGAGGAAAUUCUCCGAGACGACACGAGGAAGAAACCUAGGGAGGAACCAGACUCAGGAGGGAACCCAUCCUCAUCUGAGUGAGAACAGCCUUCCACCAUGACCAGAUUGACGCUCACUCUUCUUGAAACCCUGGAUGAAUUAACAGAUGAUGAGUUGAAAAGAUUUGUGUUUUAUCUUUCUAAAUGUCCACCACAGAAUUUUAAAGCUAUUCCAAAGGGAAAAGUGCACCAAAAGUCAAGAGAAGAUGUGGCUGAUGAAAUGAUUGAAGCAUAUGGGGAAGAAGGUGCACUUCUAGUCACUAUAGACAUUUUGAAGCAAAUGAAUAAAAAUAAUCCUGCAAAGAAAUUAGAAAAGCAAAAACAGACAAGGCCGGAUCCAAAUGUCGUGCCUUUAAAGAAGCAGAGAUUGGCCAAUGAACCAAGCCAGACAUGUCAACCAGCCAAUGUAGGAAACGCAUCAGACAAAGAGCAAGAUCUUCAGAGUGUCGUGACGAGACAUAAAAAUUGGCUGAAGACUAAAAAUCGUUUCAUAGUUGAAGAAACUGCUAAAGAUAAGAACAAGAUUUCACUUAAUGACAUGUACACAGAUCUCACUAUUACAAAAGGAGAGUGUGGAGCUUGUAAUAACGAGCAUGAGGUUUUGAUCACUGAGAAUUCACAAUCUUCAUAUGAGACCAGUAUCAACUGCAAUGACAUCUUCGAUCAGGGAGGAGAAAUCAAAACUGUUCUUACGAAGGGUGUUGGUGGCAUUGGAAAAACAGUCUCUGUGAAGAAAUUCAUCCUUGACUGGGCUGAGAAUAAAGCCAAUCAAGAUGUGAAGUUUCUGUUUGUGCUUCCAUUUCGUCGGCUGAAUCUGAUUAAAGAUGUCUCUUAUAGUUUUCAUGAACUCUUGGUUAACUUGCAUCCCCAGCUUAAAGGCUGUCACCCAAACAUGUAUGUUGACCAGAAAAUUUUAUUCAUAUUUGAUGGCCUUGAGGAGAGUAGAAUUCAAAUGAACUUUAAACAAAUUCCAACCAUCUGUGAUGUUCAUACCAAAUCCACAGUGGAAGCCUUAAUUGUACACCUCAUCAAUGGAGAGCUUCUGCCUUCUGCUCUUAUCUGGAUAACUUCGCGACCAGCAGCAGCCAAUCAGAUACCCUCCGAGUACAUUGAUUGUGUGAUGGAAAUUCAGGGAUUCAGUGACUCUCAAAAGGAGCAGUACUUCAAAAAGAGAGUGACUGAUGAUGACAAAGCCAAGAGAAUUAUCUCGCACAUAAAGACAGCAAGGAGUCUUCACAUUAUGUGCCACAUUCCAGUCUUUUGUUGGAUUUCAGUUACUGCCCUUCAGCCUUGGCUUACCCUCAAGUGCAAAGAAGAAAUCCCCACAACUCUGACUGAAAUGUACUCUCACUUUUUACUCGUUCAGGUAAAUAAGAAGAAUGAAAAGUUUGACGAAAGAGAUGAAGUAGAUUCAAAAUCCUUGCUGGAGUGCAACAAAAACAUGAUUCUGAAACUUGCCAAGUUGGCUUUCAAAGAACUGCUUAAAGGAAAUGUCCUCUUUUAUGAAAAAGACCUGAAUGAGUGUGGAAUCGAUGUCAAAGAAUCCUUUUUAUACUCUGGGCUUUGCACUGAAUUCUUUAAAAGGGAAUCAGUUUUAUAUCGUAGAAAAGUCUACUGCUUUGUGCACUUGAGCUUCCAAGAAUUUUUUGCCGCUCUCUACGUGUUCUAUUGUUAUCUAUGCAAAAACAUGGAGGAAGUGAAGAUGUUCCUACCAAAUACCAAGGCUGUGACUUCAGAAAUACCAUUGGAUGUGCUAAUGAAGCAUGCAGUGAAUGAAGCCUUAAAGAGCAAGAACGGACAUCUUGAUCUUUUCCUCCGUUUUCUUCACGGCUUCUCACUGGAAUCCAACCAGAAACUCCUGUUCGGUCUACUGCCCUGUACCACGAGCAGCUCAGAGAGCAUCAUGAAAAUAAAACAAAACUUGAAACGUGGACAAAAAAAGAUGAUCAACCCUGAGCGCUGGCUCAACCUGAUACACUGUUUAAGAGAAAUGAAGGAUAACACUCUUCAGCAAGCAAUUCAGGCUUACCUUGAGUCCAAUAAAAAGUCCAAAAAGCUCACUCUUGCACAGUGUUCAGCAAUGGCUAACAUGAUUCAAGUUUCAGAGGAAGUGAUGGAUGAGUUGGAGCUAAAAAAAUACAACACAACAGAAGAGGGGCGCAGAAGAUUAAUCCCAGCUCUACGGAACUGCAGAAAGGCUGUCCUGGCAAACUGUAACCUUACAGAGACGUCCUGUGAAAAUAUCACAUCAGCUUUACAGUCAGCAAAUUCCCCCCUGAGAGAACUGGACCUGAGCAACAAUGACCUACAGGAUUCAGGACUGAAACUGCUGUAUGAAGGGCUGAAGAGUGUAAAAUGUAAAUUAGAGAUACUAAGUCUCUCCAACUGUAAACUGACCGGAUCGUCAUGUGAAGAUAUUGCUUCAACUCUACGUUCAAGAAAUUCAUUCCUAAGAAAACUGGACCUGAGCUAUAAUGACCUGCAGAAUGGGAUAAAUCGGCUUUUUAGUGGACUGAAGAGCCCAAACUGUCAGCUGGACACAUUAAGAAUCUCAGAUUGUAAGCUCACUGUCGAAUCUUGUAAAUACAUUGCCGAAGCUUUAGUAAAAUCACCUUUGAGAGAGUUGGAUCUGAGUUGGAAUGACCUGCAAGAUGCAGGGAUGGAGCUGCUGUCUCAUAAACUGAGUCUGAAUUGUAAUCUGAACAUACUGAAACUUUCAAACUGUAAACUCACUGAGAAGUCUUGUACACACAUCAUCUCAGUUCUGCAAAAAGCAAACUCGUCCCUGAAAGAGCUGGAUCUAAGUGAUAACGACCUGCAGAAUGCUGGUGUGAAAGUGCUGUGUGUUGGAUUAACGAGUUCAGAAUGUGUUCUGGAAAUAAUGAGAUUGUCUGGCUGUUGCCUCACAGCAAAGGGCUGCGAUUCACUCAUUUUAGCUAUGCAUUCAAACCCCGCCCACCUCACCGAGUUGGAUUUAAGCUACAAUCAUCUUGGACAUAAAAAACGGAAACAACUUUUAUCAAUGAAGAGGCAUACAGUCUAUAAACUGGAGAAUAUUAAAAUGGACCAUAAUGGAGAAUUGAGAAUAGCACCAGGACUCAAGAAAUAUGCCUGCAAGCUGACACUGGAGCCCAACACAGCAAACAAACGCCUCUCACUGACUGACUCUAACACAAAGGUGUCACUUAUGGAAAAAGAUCAGCAAUAUCAAGACCACAGACGAAGAUUUGAGUACGCGAAGCAGGUGUUGUGUAGAGAGAGUCUGUCUGGACGUUGUUACUGGGAGGUCGAGUGGCAUCAGCAGGCCUCCAUCGCUGUGGCGUAUAAAUCUAUCAGAAAAAAGGGACGCGGAAAUGACUGCAUGUUUGGACGUUCAAAAAAGUCCUGGAGUCUGGAAUUGUCCAGGUCUCUUACCAGAGUAGUGCACAAUAACAAGGGCAUGGCCAUUCCACAUCCCCAGUGUAACAGAGUAGGAGUGUAUGUGGACUGCCCAGCUGGAAUUCUGUCCUUUUAUGCCAUAUCCUCCGACACACACACUCUGACGCGCAUAUACACAUUCCGCACAAUGUUUGUCAAACCACUUUUUGCAGGAUUUGGAUUCGAGCGUAAUGAUGCCUCCAUCUCUCUCAUCCAUUCUUGAAACUACAAAACAAAAAGUGCCAUUUAAUAGUGGUGCUCCUCGCACACAAAGUGGAGUUCCAUACUUAAGAGAAUAAUGGUAAAGCAUCAACCUGAGUUUUGAUGGCAUUUGUGACCAUACGAAUGACAAAUGUGUACCACCACAGGGAACCCAAUUAUUUUUAAUUUGCUUUUUAAAGAAUGAAUGAAUGAACCCUUUGUCACUGUUACCAGUGAACUUGACCAUCAACCUGUCCUUACAGAGGGGGAACAGGACAGGAAGACAGGGAUAAAAGAAAAAGAAACACAGUCGUAACAUGAGGAAAAAAGAACACCCCCCCACUAUGCUCCUAUCAGGAGUACAGUGUGGGAGCAUUUAAAAACCUCUGCACAAGCACACAAUAACACAAGUACACUUUAAAACAUGGGACUUAAGGGGGGAAGGAG